AUGCACCUCUCCAAGACCCUCUUCAUCAGUGGUGGCCUCUUGGCCUUCUCCUCAGUCUGCCAGGCAGGAAUUGAAGAGAUCCUCAUCGGUAUCCUUGGCGGUGUUGUAGCUGGUGGAGUCUCCGGUGGCGUUGGCGCUGCGGAGAGCAGCAAGCGUGGUAUCCAACAGGCCCAUGCUCGCGACUUCCUUGCUCCAUACUUGAACAACAGAGACGUGAAGAAGAUCCGCAGCUUGCCAGCCGGAGUCUCCCAAGAAUCGUUGGAUCUGUGCACCAAGCAGAUCAACGAGCAGAGUCAGCCCGUUCACGUCUACAGCGAGAGUGCCACUUCCGCCCGGGCCGAUAACGUGCCUGCUGCUUGCAUGGACCUGGCUACUGUCAUCCUCAACAACCCUACCCAGGAUGGUGGCCCUGUUCCCACCCCGAUGGGCAGCGCCAGUCUUGAAUACACCGGUCUCAGUUCCCAGGACAAGACUGACCUGCAGAAUGCUCUCUCCAAGACUGGCUCCCGCACCUAA